AUGGAGAAUGAAAUGGAACGUGAACAAGACUAUGACAUGGCUAACGAGGGAGAUGUGGAGUUUUGCGAGCCAGAAAUUGUUGUUGAAGACGUGGAGUUCGAAACACCAAGUGACUCAAUCGACUAUGUAUUAUAUAACCUCGAUGUUUCUGUGUUGAUACGGAAAGUGAUGAAGACGACGCUGAAUUU